GGUGAACGAAGGUUUAUAAAUGCUUUUGACUCGGUGAACUUACUGUAGAUGUUUCUAUAUAACCGUCGGUGUUGAGGUAUUGCUCAGAUUCAACUACUUGUUUCUCACAAGCAAGGCACACGGCAAGGCACCCGGGCAAGAUGACUACCCAGGGUAAAAUGGGUGUGGCACAGAGGCUGAUGUUUUGGAAACGACAGGACGGGAAUUCCCCUGAGGAAGCGAUAGAGCGCCUUCGCAAUCUGCAAGAACUUCUGUCUAAAAAAACCGAUUACCUUGAAAACAAAGUUGAUUCAGAAACGAAAAUUGCAUUGGAAAACAGAGUGAAGAAUAAGAGAGCCGCACUCCAGGCCCUGCGACGUCGAAAGCGAUAUGAGAAGCAGCUGCAACAAGUGGACGGAACGACGGCGUCACUGGAGGUGCAGUUGGAGGCGUUAACAUCGGCUUCGGUGAAUGCUGAAGUCGUGAAGUGCCUGAAGUUAACGUCAGAGACGAUGCAACGUACCUUCGGCAACAUGACAGCGGAAAAGGUGGCGGACCUGAGAGAUGAGGUGUCGGACAUGAUGGAGGAUGCAGAAGAAAUCGGGGGGAUCCUUGCACGGCCUCUUGGCGGCGAGGAAUUUGAUGACGAUGAUCUUCUGGCUGAGCUUGAGGUAAUGGAGCAGAACGAGCUCACAGACAAACUGUGUAACAUGCAGUUCCCUUCUGUGCCCACCGAGAAGGUCAAGGUAAAAGACGACAAGACGACCGGGAAAGAGAAAGAGGAAGAGGAAGAAAAAGAAGAACUGAGGAAGUUGGCUGAAUGGAUGUGACGUGGCUCUACAAGGGGUGACGUCACAUCAUUCUGUUCGAUCCAGUGGGUGUUAUCUCCCGUCUACUAGUAUUUAAUGCUAGUAUUUUUCAGUGUAGAAUCUUGUACUGUAGAUGGCGUUUGCAGAUAGUAACUGUUAAAUACAGAAAUGUAUGUUGUAUUACUAUACAGCUUUACAUGGCCUCGGCAAUAUUGCAUGCAUCACGAUUUAUUACUAAAUUUAGUGAUGAGAUCUGUUAUAUGUAUGCAUAUACCAUUAUAUGUACAAUGUAUGUGGUAAGUUUCAAUAGAUGUCUUAAGUCUCA